AUGGAUAACGAAUUGCUCCAGGAUAUCCCACAUCAGGUGCUGGAGACGCUAGAGGCAGGCACUGUUAGAGAACCGAAGAAUGACGACGUUGACGUACACAGCUCCGGUUUCAACGUCAACGGUAUACUGUCAUUCACUGGCUCGUGUAUGAUCAACUUGAUAUUACCAUUUUUCAAUGGUCUGAUGUUAGGAUUCGGUGAACUUUUAGCUCACGAAAUAUGCUGGAGAAAGAAUAUUUUCAACCGUUUGACCAACAAGGGCUAUAGGGUGUACCCACAGACAAGAAUCACAAGAGAAAGAGAAAGAAAUUCGUCAGCAGGGAAGUUUCUCUAA